CUAGGAAUGGUAGAUGGUGCAGCAGUGGAAAAUUCAACUGGACUUACUAUAUCCUUCUGAGACUGACUUGAUUAUAUCUUGUAAAGACAUACAUUUUCGGGAAAUGGCCUCUAAACCUUGGCUGAAUUUUUUAACCUUCCUCUGUGGAUCUGCAAUUGGAUUUUUUUUAUCUUCUCAGCUAUUUGGUAUCAUGUUGGGAAAAGAGGAGGAUAUGCAGCCUAUUCUUCCAAAUGAUCCUCAUGAACAUGUUGAUGAUAAGAGACAAAAUCAUCUAGAGGGACAGAUGAAUUUCAAUGUAGAUGUUAGCCAACAUACAGAUGAAAACACAGUUGUUGCUGAACACCUCUAUCAGAAGGUUAAAAUUCUUUGCUGGGUUAUGACAGGGCCUCAAAAUCUGGAGAAAAAGGCCAAACACGUCAAAGCUACAUGGGCCCAGCGUUGUAACAAAAUGUUGUUUAUGAGUUCAGAAGAAAAUAAAGACUUCCCUGCUGUGGGAUUAAAAACCAAAGAAGGCAGAGAUCAGCUAUAUUGGAAAACAAUUAAAGCUUUUCAGUAUGUUCACGACCAUUAUUUAGAAGAUGCAGAUUGGUUUAUGAAAGCAGAUGAUGAUACGUACGUUGUACUAGACAAUUUGAGAUGGCUUCUCUCAAAAUACAGCCCUGAACAACCCAUUUACUUUGGGAGAAGAUUUAAACCCUUUGUAAAACAGGGCUAUAUGAGCGGAGGAGCAGGAUAUGUAUUGAGCAAAGAAGCCCUGAAAAGAUUUGUUAGUGCAUUUAAAACAGAGACAUGUACACAUAGUUCCUCCAUUGAAGAUUUAGCUUUGGGGAAAUGCAUGGAAAUUAUAAAUGUAGAAGCAGGAGACUCUAGAGAUUCCAUUGGAAAAGAAACUUUUCAUCCAUUUGUACCAGAACACCACUUAAUAAAGGGUUAUCUACCCAGAACCUUUUGGUACUGGAAUUACAACUUUUAUCCUCCUGUAGAGGGACCUGGUUGCUGUUCUGACCUUGCAGUUUCUUUUCACUAUGUUGAUUCUACAACUAUGUAUGAGUUAGAAUACCUCGUAUAUCAUCUUCGACCAUAUGGUUAUUUAUACAGAUAUCAACCUGCUUUACCUGAGGAUAAUGUCAAGGAAACUAAGUCAAGUGUACAGAAAUGAAGAUCUAAAAGUAAAAUUGAGUAAAUUAAAAUGAACAGAGGU